AUGGCCCGGGGACUGCCCAGCGCCGCCAGCCUGGCGCGCCUCUGUCAGAAGCUGAACCGGCUAAAGCCUCUGGAGGAGUCCACCAUGGAGACCUCGCUGAGGCGCUGCCUGUCCACGCUGGACCUGACCCUGCUGGGGGUUGGGGGCAUGGUGGGCUCAGGCCUAUUCGUGCUCACAGGCACCGUGGCCAAGGACAUGGCUGGCCCUGCAGUGCUCUUGUCCUUUGGCGUGGCCGCUGUGGCCUCCCUGCUGGCGGCCCUAUGCUAUGCGGAAUUUGGGGCGCGUGUGCCCCGCACGGGCUCUGCCUACCUGUUCACCUACGUGUCCAUGGGCGAGCUGUGGGCCUUCCUCAUCGGCUGGAACGUGGUCCUCGAAUACCUCAUCGGUGGCGCUGCCGUGGCCCGUGCCUGGAGCAGCUACCUGGACUCCAUCUUCAGCCACAGCAUCCGCAACUUCACCGAGACUCAGGUGGGUGUCUGGCAGGUGCCCCUGCUGGCCAGCUACCCAGACUUCCUGGCCGCUGGCAUCCUCCUCCUGGCCUCCGCCUUUGUCUCCUGCGGAGCCCGCGUCUCCUCCUGGCUCAACCACACAUUCUCGGCCAUCAGCCUGCUCGUCAUCCUCUUCAUCAUCAUCCUGGGCUUCAUCCUGGCCCGCCCGCACAACUGGAGUGCUGAGGAGGGUGGCUUUGCACCCUUUGGCUUCUCUGGCAUCAUGGCUGGCACUGCCACCUGCUUCUAUGCCUUUGUGGGCUUCGAUGUCAUUGCCACCUCCAGCGAGGAGGCCCAGAACCCGCGGCGGGCUGUGCCCAUGGCCAUUGCCAUCGCGCUUGGCCUGGUAGCUAGUGCCUACAUCCUCGUCUCCACCGUGCUAACCCUCAUGGUGCCCUGGCACAGCCUGGACCCCGACUCAGCGCUCGCCGAUGCCUUCUACAGGCGGGGCUACAGCUGGGCUGGCUUCAUCGUGGCAGUUGGCUCUAUCUGCGCCAUGAACACCGUCCUGCUCAGCAACCUCUUCUCUCUGCCACGCAUUGUCUAUGCCAUGGCUGCCGACGGGCUCUUCUUCCAGGUGUUUGCCCGUGUUCACCCCCGAACACAGGUGCCUGUGGUGGGCAUCCUGGUGUUUGGGGUCCUCAUGGCUCUCCUGUCACUGCUGCUGGACCUCGAGGCACUGGUCCAGUUCCUGUCUAUUGGCACGUUGCUGGCCUACACCUUUGUGGCCGCCAGCAUCAUUGUGCUGCGCUUCCAGAAGGCUUCUCCACCCAGCUCCCCAGGCCCGGCCAGCCCUGGCCCCAUAGACAAGGGACACAACUCCUUCUCAGACCACCUACAGCUGGUGGGUGCUGCGCAGGCCUCAGUCCCCGAGCCUGGGCAGCUGCGACCAGCACUGAUGCCCUACCUGGGCUUCCUGGGUGGGUGCAGCCCUGGGGCUGCCGUGGCAUGGGCGCUCGGCAUCCUGGUGGCCUCGGCUAUCAUCCUGGGCUGUGUGCUGGUCUUCGGGGACUCAGCCCUGCACCUUCCCCGAUGGGGCUACAUCCUGCUGCUCCUGCUCAGCAGUGUCGUGUUUCUGCUCAGCCUCCUGAUCCUGGGGGCUCACCAGCAGCAGCACCGGCAAGACACUUUCCAGAUCCCCAUGGUGCCCUUGACUCCAGCCCUGAGCAUCCUCCUCAACAUCUGCCUCAUGCUGAAGCUGAGCUACCUGACCUGGCUGCGCUUCUCCAUCUGGCUGCUGAUCGGUCUUGCCGUGUAUUUUGGCUAUGGCAUCUGGCACAGCAAGGAGAACCAGCGGGAGCCACCGGGGCUGACCACCACACGCUAUGUGGUGUUUCCCAGUGGCAGCCUGGAGGAGACGGUGCAGGCCGUGCAGCCCCCCAGCCAGGCACCAGCCCAGGAGCCCGGCAGCAUGGAGUAG